CGGCCCUUCGCGCACGGCGAGACGCUCGACAACCAGUACGUCAACUUGGACGACGUGUCCACCGCCUACCGCCACCCGCUGCUGGCGGGCUACUCGCCCGUCCCGCUCGUCCAGCCGUCGCUGCUGCGCACGCAGCAGUGCUUCCCUCGCCGCGCGGACGUGACGGACGCGGCGGCACAGCAGGCCUCGUUCCACGUCCACUCGCGCUGGGCGCUCGUCUCGGCGGGCGGCUCCGGGUCCGCGUGGCACAUCGACCCGUGGAACACGAGUGCCUGGAACGCCCUCCUCUCCGGGCGCAAGCGGUGGGCCCUGUACCCGCCGGGCUGGCCGGCUUGCCGGCCGGGGUCGCCGCCAGCUCGCCGCGCGCAUUCUUUGGGCGGGUGCUGGGCUCGCUUCCGCCCGAGGAGCGGCCGCAGCAGUGCGUGCUCCGCGAGGGCGAGACGAUGUUCGUGCCGUCUGGCUGGUGGCACGCCGUCCUCAACUUGUCGCCCACGAUUGCAAUCACGGAAAACCGCGUCGACGGCGCCAACCUCGCGGCCGCGCUCGAGGAGAUGCGCGCGGCAGACCCGGCCUCGGAGAGCGGGCGGCGGGCGGCGACCGCGUGCCGGCGCCUCCUGGAGAGGCAGGCUGACCGCGGCGAGUACCCCCGCGACUGCGCGCAGCGCCUCGACCCGAACGCGGUCAGCGAUGCCGACAUGGCGGAUUGCGUGCGCCGGCUCGAGACAUGCAGUGGAGCAUGACGGAUCGCCUCCUGUUGCGUGGCGGGUGCAACCAGCGAACCGCAGCGGAACUGCUGCCCAUAAAGGGAUCCCCGCAC